AUGGCCGGUUACACUUCUUAUGACGGCUCCUCGUCGUCGGCCGCACCGCCACCGCCCUACUCCGUGACCGCUUCCGCUUCCGGCUCCGGUAACUUUGGAUCCACCUCUUCGUCCCUGUUCGCGCCGCCCCCGACCACCGCCCAUGCCGCUCACGGAGAGUCUCACGCCGGUCCGUCCUCGGGCUUCCCGUCCGGCGGCUAUGGCCCGCCGACUCCUGAUUACCUCGGCAUCGUGGACUCCAAGCGGCGCCUGGCCGAUCCUAGGUCGUCAUCGGCUCACUCACUUGCCCCGUCCAUAAAGGACCGUGACGGUGUCACCCGCCGGACCUUGCUCAUCAUUUACAUCCAUGGCUUCUACGGCAACGAGUCAUCCUUCAGGUCCUUUCCAGCUCACGUCCAUAACUACCUGAAGGACGCGCUUGCGGAGACCCACGUCGUCCACUCCAAGAUCUACCCCCGUUACAAGACGUACAAGGCCAUCGAUGUGGCUCGCGAUAACUUCAGCCAGUGGCUGGAGCCCCACGAGUCCGACUCUACCGACGUCAUUCUCAUCGGCCAUUCCAUGGGUGGUUUACUUGCCGCAGAGGUUGCCAUGAUGCCUAACCGGCAUCCCUAUAGGCGCCACCCGUACAAGCACCGCAUCCUCGGCACCAUUUCCCUCGAUUCGCCAUUUCUCGGACUCCAUCCCGGAAUCAUCGUGGCAGGAAUCUCUAGUCUGUUCAGACCGGCGUCGCCUGCUGAGGAACAGCUUGAUCAGUUCGAUCCCUCGUCGAACUCCUUGAGCCCCGACCACUCCUCCUUGACCAGUCCCAACCCUUCCAUGUACACCCUGGAGACAAACAGUUCGUUGGGCGCUGAGCUCUCUCCUCACGCAAGCAACACCCCGUCUUUGUCCUCGAAUGGCCCUCCUCAGCGGCCGGACCCCACCUUCAACCCACCCUUUUUCAACGACCUGAACCUGAAAGACCGUCCCUUUAUGAGACGCCUAGGUCAUUUUGCCAAGAAGCACAGCCGCGAGGGUAUUUGGGACGCCACCAAGAACCACGUCAUGUCUCACCUCGAAUACGGCGGCUGCCUGGCAGACUACCCCGGCUUGAACGCCCGCUACAACAAGCUGCGCGCCAUGGAGAGCGUUGACCCGCUGCAGCACAUGAGCGCCGGCAACAACUACAGCAAUGCGAACCAGCCGCCCCCCGUGCGCGUGCGGUUCAUCAACUAUUACACCCUCAGCACGGGAAGGCCGAAGAAGCCAAAGACACCGGACUCGCCCAAAUCACCAGAGUCUCUAGGAUCUCCCGAAGAUAGGUUCGUCUCCGGCCCCCCGAACACGCUCGAAGUUGGCUCUCGGCUCUCUCCGCCGACGUCGAUGACGCCCAGGAUCUCAGUCGAGGAUUCCGAUGAUGGGAAGAGUAUGGAACUCCUGGAACCGAUUCCGAUGGACGACGUGGACGAAAGGCUUUCGACGCUCCAUGAGGAACAACAGGCGAGAUUUAACCACGAGUCCAUGGAAGCCUCGAAAUCGACAGAGGCGCUUCGGCGCGGCUUGUCCCAGGAAGCAUCAGAAUCAAAAGGCAAGGAAAAGGAGAGGCUGGACAACACUAUUAACUCCUACGAAUCGCCCACGACUGAGCAGAGCAACGUUGCAGCUGUCGGCGGAGGUGAAGGGGAAGCCCACAAGUUGGAUCCAACGGGUGAUGGGAUAGAUGAGCCGGAACUUCCUCCCAUCCCCGACCUACCCGAGCAACCAACGCCUCCUGAUCUGGAUAAGUACACAGACAAAGACGCCCGGAAGCAGGCCGAGAAGGAGGGGAAACGGGCGCAAAAGGCGUACGAGCACGCCGUCAAGAGCAGGGACAAAGCCAUCAAGGAGCGCCAGAAGCUCGUCGAGAAGCGGCGCAAAAAGGCGGAGAAGGAAGCCCAGAAGGAGGCCCAGAGGAUCGAGAAGGAGGAACAAAGACUGCAGAAGGAGGAGCAGAAGAGGUUGCAGGAGGAGGAGGCUGCCCGGAGGAAGGCGGCCGAAGAGGCCCAAAGGCAGGAGACGCAGGCCGAGGGCGAAGCGCGUAGGCUCGCGGAGGAAGCCCAGCGGAUGGAGAGGGAGGCUCGGAGAAUGCGGGGAGAGCCGCCCGAGCCCGAGCCUGAGAAGCAGACAGAGGCCGGUCGAGAAGCCGAGAUCGAAGCCCACAUAGCGGCGACGGUGAUCGCCGGAGCCGCGGCCGCAGCGCCGGCGUCGGUCACGGCGCAGGCAAACAGACCGGCGGCCGCCACAACAUCGUCGACCGCGUCCGUCAACACAACGCAGACGGGCAGUGGCUCCACCACCGCCGCCUCCACCACCAGAUCCAGGGCGCCGCCCGCAGCGGUAGCGGACCCGGGCAAGCCCAAGAAGGAGCGCAAGUUCUGCACGCUGCCGCGAAAGGUCAACGGCCGGCGCGACGAGACGUGGCUCCCUGUCUACAUGGAGGGCAUGGACGAGGUCGGCGCCCACUGCGGCCUGUUCCUGGCCGGGCCGCACUACGACGGGCUCAUCGGCGACGUGGGCGAACGCAUCCUGGGAUGGGUCCAGGAUGACCUCAGCGUUAGAGCGAUAUUGGAAAUGUCAUGA